UAAAUUAACAGAAACGGAAGGAAAAAUAAGCUUUGAGGAAGAAGAAGACGAACCCUUGAACAUUCGAGUCUUUGCGCAAUUCCGAUUUCCGAAUCGGAUCCUUAUAAUUUCUCGUCGAAGACCUGAUUAUAACGUCUCUAUUGAUCGCUCUUAAUUUUCCUCCUUUGUUGCGAUGCAUUGAGGAGGAGGAGAUAAAAGAUGAUGUUUUGCAGAAACGUCUCCGUGAGACGGAAGAAGAAGAAGAAUCCUGGAUCGGUGCCUGUUUAUCUCAAUGUUUACGAUCUCACCCCUAUGAAUGUUUACGGUUAUUGGCUCGGAAUCGGAAUCUAUCACUCUGGUCUUGAAGUUCAUGGGGUUGAAUAUGGAUAUGGGGCACACGAGCAUUCAAGCACUGGGAUCUUCAAAGUGGAGCCAAAGAAGUGUCCUGGUUUCACAUUCAGGAAAUCGAUCCUGGUGGGUGAGACGGAGAUGAAGGCGAAAGAAGUUGGAAGCUUUAUGGAGGAACUAGCAGAUGAGUACCAGGGGAGCAAGUACCACCUCAUCACAAGGAACUGUAAUCAUUUCUGUAACGAUGUUUGUUUAAAACUAACUCAAAAGUCAAUCCCUAGUUGGGUCAACCGUCUUGCUCGCUUAGGUUUCCUCUGCAAUUGUGUGUUACCGGCUAGCUUGAACGAGAUGAAAGUGAAGCAGGUAGGUACAGACGGGAAGCUCUUGGAGGUAGGAGAAAGUAAAAAGAAUAAAAAGAAGAAGAAGAAAAAGAAGGCGAGAAGCAGAUCGGGUCCUUUAGCUUCUUCUUCAUCUGAUGCACGGGUAGAUAAUAAUAAGCCUUCACAUGCAAGAUCAAUAUCAACCGGUAAUCCUCCUUGUUCUGCUUCUUUUUGUCCUUUGAAGUAACAAAGAGAUCGAGUUCCUUCUGUUGCAUCUGGAGCUCAAGAUUAGAUAACCCUAAGGACAUGAUUCUUUGUCAUUGUUUGAAAAGAUAAUUAUAUAUAUAUAUAUUUGUAUAUGAAUGUGAUGGGAGGAGGGUCCUUGUAUUUUAUUCACAAGUGUUAAUAACCCUUUUGGUUAUUGUUAUAGGAGAAUCAUCAAAAUCUGCACAAAAGUGUGUGUAAAUUCGACUUUCCUCUUUAUG